UGAAGUUAGCUUCGUGUUAAAAAUGUCUAAAGUCCAAAUGCUGAGAGCGUCGGUGAAUCAGAGACUAACUGCGGCUGCUGAAGAGAUAUUUGUGCUGUUUGAAAGAACGAUAGCAGAGUACGAGGAGGAACUUUCUCGAUCUAAAGAGGAGAACGAGCGACAACGCAAACUACUGGACGCUGUUUUCAAGCCUCAACUUCAUCUACACAGAGCAGAUGUGCAAAAAGUGAUUAUUGGAGACGAAGAUAACCAGGAGACAAACUCCAAUGUGAACCAGGACCCAGAUCCUCCACACAUUAAAGAGGAACAGGAGGAAGUCUGCACCAGUCAGGAGGGAGAGCAGCUUCAAGAACUGGAGGAGGUUGAUAUCAAGUUCACAUUCUCUCCUGUUCCUGUGAAGAGUGAAGAUGAUGAAGAGAAACCUCAGUCCUCACAGCUUCAUCAAACACUAACUGAGGAGAUAAAAACAGAAGCUGAUGGAGAGGACUGUGGAGUAUCAGAACCAGACAGGAACUCACAUCCAGAUACACAUUUACUACCUGAUACUGAUGAUAAGACUUCAGACCCUUUAAAGACUGAGACUGAAGACCAUGAUGAAUGGAAGGAGACUGGUGUACCUGUUGUAGUGAACUGUGAACCAAGUUGUAAUGAGGUGGAAUCAUUCAGCUGCUCUCAGUGUGGUAAGACCUUUAGCCAGAAGGGACACCUGCUCAUCCACCGCAGAAUUCACAUAGAGGAAAAACCUUUCAGUUGCUCAAUUUGUGGUAAAAUAUUAGUAUGCAAGGGGUCACUUAAGAGACAUAUGAGAAUUCACACAGGAGAGAACCCCUUUAGUUGCUCAGUUUGUGGGAAAAGACUAGUAUGCAAGGGGUCUCUUGGGAGACAUAUGAAAACUCACACAGGAGAGAAACCCUUUAGUUGCUCAGUUUGUUUUAAAAGACUUGUAUGUGAAGUGUCUCUCAGGAGACACAUGAAAUUUCACACAGGAGAAAAACCUUUUAAUUGUAUAAUUUGUGGUAAAAGAUUUGUUUGCAAGGAGUCUCUUAGGAGACAUAAGAGAAUUCACACAGGAGAGAAACCUUUUACUUGCACAGUUUGUGGUAAAUCUUUUACUCAGUCAGGUCUGCGCUACCACCUGAAAACUCACACAAGAGAAAAACCCUUUAGUUGCUCAGUUUGUGGUAAAAAGUUCAACCAGGAGGUAACUCUACAGCUUCACAUGAGAACCCACACAGGAGAGGAGACCUUUAGCUGCUCUGAAUGUGGUAAACUAUUUGCUUUGAAAAGAUACUUGCAGAGGCACAUGCGAAUCCACACAGGAGAGAAGCCAUUUAGCUGCUCCUUCUGUUGUUUUAGAUUCAACAAAAAGGCAAAUCUGCACAGACACAUGAGAAUUCAUUCAAGAGAAACCACUUAACUGCUCAAGUUUCCCAAGACAGAUUCUCAGAUGGUUCUCUGUAACAAACCAUUUGGAGCGUCAGAUUAAAUGAUCCAGGAAAUGUUUCAGUUGCUUGUGUUUAUUUCACACAAGUGGAAAUCUCUUCAAAUGCAUUAAUGUUCAUGAAAACAUGUGUCCUUGUGGUGGUGUUUUUGUUUUAAUAGACAGAGGUUCACUUAUAGUACUGUGUAUAGUUUAUCAGCAGUGCCCAACCAAAUUUAAAGUCUGUGUAAAGUAAGAAUAAAUAUGUGUUCUGAGUUUAACAUACCACAGAAAAGUGUGUUGUUAACCACCCUGCCAAAUUUGAAUGAUUAAAAAAAUCACCAAAUAUAUGAAAUUAGGCUUCAAAGUUGUUUCAGCUCCCAAAUGCUGAAGCCCCACCCCCUACCAAGUGUCACCUGUCAAUCAAAGUCACCACCUCUACCAGAAACAUGGACGCUAGGUCUGAGAGCUUUCUGCCGCUAGCUCAACUGCUAAGUCGGCGGCUAGCUCGUUGGCUAACUUGGCAGCUAACUCAGCUAACUGGCUAACUGUAGACUGUAGUAGUA